AAGAAGAAGAAGAAGAUUCGCUGCACGUUAUUUCUGCAGAGUUUGUCAACUGUAAAGUGUUAAAGUACACACUGUUAUUUCUUUUCUUUUCUGAAAAUUGCUUCCUCAUUUUAGUAUGGAGUCAUCUGAUGAGUUUAUGAAGUAUCGCUCUCCUCUGGUGUCACGAUAUGCCAGCAAAGAAAUGUCUUAUAACUUCAGUGACAGGAAGAAAUUCUGCACCUGGAGAAAACUCUGGAUCUUCCUCGCCAAAGCUGAGAAGACUUUAGGGCUGCCCAUCACAGAUGCUCAGAUCGCGGAGAUGGAGAGCCACGCGGAGGACAUUGACUUCGCGAUGGCGGCCGUGGAGGAGCGUAAGCUCAGACAUGAUGUCAUGGCUCAUGUACACACCUUUGCACACUGCUGCCCUACUGCUGCUCCUAUCAUCCACCUUGGAGCCACUUCUUGCUACGUGGGAGACAAUACUGAUCUGAUUAUGCUUCGUGACGGAUUUGACAUUCUGUUGCCAAAGCUUGCCAGAGUCAUCGACAGACUGGGAAACUUCACAGAGAAAUACGCUGACCUCCCCACGCUGGGUUUCACACACUACCAGCCGGCUCAGCUGACAACAGUAGGGAAGCGAGCCUGUCUGUGGUUGCAAGACUUGGCCAUGGACAUGCGGAACCUUCAGCGAGCGCGCGAUGACCUCCGUUUCCGGGGUGUCAAAGCCACGGGCACUCAGGCCAGCUUCCUGCAGCUCUUCCAGGGGGACCAUGACAAGGUUGAAGAGCUUGACAGAAUGGUCACAGAAAUGGCUGGCUUCAAAAAGGCGUACCUUGUAACUGGACAGACAUACAGUCGAAAAGUGGACAUAGAUUGUCUGUCUAACCUGGCAAGUUUAGGAGCAACAGUCCACAAGAUCUGUACAGACAUUCGUCUGCUGGCUAACCUGAAGGAGAUUGAAGAACCUUUUGAGAAAGAGCAGAUUGGUUCCAGUGCCAUGCCGUACAAGAGGAACCCAAUGCGUUCAGAGCGCUGCUGUAGCUUGGCUCGCCAUCUGAUGGCGCUGCUGGCCAACCCGCUGCAAACGGCUUCGGUUCAGUGGCUGGAGAGGACGUUGGAUGACAGUGCCAACAGGAGGAUCUCCCUGCCUGAGUCCUUCCUGACAGCUGACAUCAUCCUCAGUACUCUCCAGAACAUCACAGAAGGUCUGGUGGUCUACCCCAAAGUCAUUGAGAGACACAUCCACCACGAGCUGCCAUUCAUGGCCACAGAGAACAUCAUCAUGGCCAUGGUGAAGGCUGGAGGGAACCGACAGGACUGUCACGAGAAGAUUCGCGUUCUAUCCCAGGAGGCAGCGGCCGUGGUCAAACAAGAGGGCGGUGAUAACGACCUGCUGGCCAGAGUCCAGGCUGACCCUUACUUUGCCCCCAUCUUGGGUCAGCUAGGCUCUAUCCUGGACCCCAAGACCUUCAUUGGACGUGCACCCCAACAGGUUGCCAAGUUUUUAUCUGAAGAAGUGCGCCCCCUGCUGGAGCCCUACAAAGCAAAAAUGGAUGUCAAGAUUGAGCUUGAGCUCUGAAACAUGCCCGUGCGAGCACACACACACACACAUCACGGUAAAUGCUGUGUUGUACCUCAAUAAAGAACAAUCACGAUA